AUGGAAGAACAAUCUGAAUUACAGCGUAAACUUUCAAGAAGGUCCUCAAAAAAUACACCAGGAAGGUCUUUAUGGAAAAGAAAAUCCACAAAGAAGACCGCCGCAGCAUCACUGGUACCAGCCGCUGGACCUGCACUUAAACACCUGGACCACCAAUCUUCUCAAUCUCUAGUCUCUAUGGACUCAAAACUCGCAAACGACACUUCAGACGAAGACCACGAUUUUUCUGCUUUCAUCUCUCGUUCAAUAAUACCAGAUCCUCUAGGUGAACUACCAGCUUGGUUCAAGAAAGAGAACGGCAUGGCUGCUGCAAACACUUCAUCUUAUAGGAUAAAAUAUCCUCUGCAUAAUCCAACAGGUCCCAAGUGGUACAAGAACUACCACCUUAUUCCCCCUGCUCAGCUCAAUCCUAGUAAUCGUCCUCCGUCCGUCUUCUCUCCUUCAUUUCCACCAAUGGCUUCCACUCUCAACGACCGUUCAGAGGACUCUAUCCGCUUGCCUGGCCCGAGCCGCACUCCCUCUGGCACUUCCCUUCAAACUCCCUCUUCCUCUCAGAUUCGCAUCCCAGAAUCAGGUGGCAAACCUCGCAGCAGAAAAACUUCACAGGAUAAUGCCGAUUUGCUCGACGCCUCUGACCCCUGGGGUACUCACUGGCAUCACCAGUCCCCGUACGAUACAGGCACAAAUAUAAGUCCCGUCUCAGUCGACCCUCCCGAGGCAAGU